AUGGAUGUUAAAAUUGACGUACCUGAGGCGGGUGACUUCGAUGACAGCCGAAACAAGGCAAUCUUGAUCGUUACUUCUGUCUUCUUCGCUAUCUCACUGCUGAGCGUUAUUUUAAGAUGCUUCGUUCGCACACAGGUCGUUCGUGCUUGGGGGUGGGAUGAUGGUACUAUGGUUAUAGCCAUGGCCCUCAACACAGUCUUCGCCAUCUGUGGAAUUGUUGGAUGUAAAUACGGACUCGGGAGGAAAUUGGCUUAUUUCACCCAACACCCAGACGACUUACACCGCGCAAUGCUCUGCUGGUGGAUAGCCCAACUCUUCUACGUAUUGACCUGCGUCGUCGCAAAAGUCUCUAUCAUCAUCGCCCUCCUCCGCAUCACCGUCUCUCGUGUACACGCAUAUAUCCUCUACGCCGCUAUGGCCCUCGCCGCUGUCGUGGGAAUCGUCUUUUUCUUCUUCACUAUAUUCCAAUGCACUCCCGUCGACUAUUUCUGGAAUAAUGCGCAGCCAAACGCGCAUGGCUCGUGCAUUGAUAAAGAUGCCCUCAUCGGUAUCGCCUACUUGUAUAGUGUCGGCGCCGCUAUUACAGACUUGACUAUUGGAUUGCUUCCGGUAGCCUUGAUCUGGAAUUUACGCAUGAAUCGCCGCACGAAGGGUGCUAUGGUCGCUAUUUUGGGCAUUGGCUGCAUUGCGAGUGCUGCAGUUAUUAUUCGCAUCCCUUUCGUCCACUACUACAAAGAUAAAGAAUUUCUAUACGCUACUUACCAGAUCUCUAUCUGGUCCAACGUCGAAGCGGGAAUCGGCAUCACAGCAGGCUGUCUAACAACCUUCCGUCCCCUGGUCCGCUUCCUCCGCGACGGCUCCUCCAAUGGUCUAAGCCGUACACCAAGCUCGUUUCCACUAUCUAACAACGUUGCCGGCGGCUUCCAUCGCUCCACGGCAUCGAAGCAGAUGUCCCCUGACGACGGGCGCCAGCUCUGGACGGGCAGAGGGAGUAGUGAUGAAUGCCACGGCGUUACGACAACUAUCUCCGGUGCUCAUCAGAAAUCGCCUAGUUCCAGUGAAGAGGAUUUAGCUCCGUAUAGAAGCGACCUCGGUGCUCCUGGGUGGAAGGUCGAGAGGUCUGUUCGCGUGUCUGUGCGCAAUUCAUGA